AUGGAGAAAAAACAGCAACUUAUUAUUAUUGGUUGUAUGGUAAUAAUAAUAGCUGCAAUAGUUCUUCCUAUUGAUGCUGAUGUUGUCUGCCAAGACAUUAUCCCUUCGUUGCUUCCUUGUUUAACCUAUUUGACGACGCCAGGACCCGCACAACCGAGUCCCAGUUUCUGUUCUGCAACUGUAAGUAUAGCCGAAAUCGCUCUUCAAUCUCAAGCCGACUUACAAGGAGUGUGCACAUGUUUCAAAUCAGUUGCAGAUUCAGGAUCCUUCCAAAUUAACUUUGGCAACGCCAAAGCCAUCACCAAGCUUUGCAACUUGCCUCUUAAUAUCCCUAUCGACCCAAAUGUUGACUGCAAAACGUAA